GGAGGGAGGGAGGCAGGCGAGAGAAGGGGAGCUGCUUGGAGCCCGUACUUCCCAGAGCCAGCCAGGAGCGCGCACUCAGCGGCUCUCCGGGUCCCCGCCGCGCCCCGCUGCCCUGCACCUCCUCCUGCUCCUCUCCGGGUACCCCUCGCCCCCUCCCUCCUGCAGCUGCUACGCUCGGGCAGCGGCCGCCCCCGGCCCCUACUCGGCCACAUCCCCAACUCUCUGGGCUCACUCCCGGGACGCGCGUCCUCGCCCCAUCCUUUUUUCCUUCCUUCCUUCCCUCGCGCCCGCCCGCCCUCUCCAGGUCUCCCUCUCGGGUCCCGAUUAUCUCCGUCCCCUUCUCGGUCCGCCGGCGCCUCGCCCUGCCCCGUCUCUCCCUCGCACUUCCUGAGUCGCCCGCCGCCGCUGUCUCGCCGCCGCUGCCCCGGCUGCAGCCCGCGGCGCCCGGGGAAGGGAAAAGUGGGCGAGCGCGCCCUCGCCCAGCCCCGCGCCCCAGCCCUACCCGGCGAGGGAGGACCGGGAAGAUGAACAACGGCAGCAAAGCCGAGAAGGAGAACACCCCGAACGAGGCCAACCUUCAGGAGGAAGAGGUCCGGACUCUCUUUGUCAGUGGUCUCCCUCUGGAUAUCAAACCUCGAGAGCUGUAUCUGCUUUUCAGACCAUUUAAGGGCUACGAGGGUUCUCUUAUAAAGCUCACAUCUAAGCAGCCCGUAGGUUUUGUCAGUUUUGACAGUCGCUCAGAAGCAGAAGCUGCAAAGAAUGCUUUGAAUGGCAUCCGCUUCGAUCCUGAAAUUCCACAAACACUACGACUAGAGUUUGCUAAGGCAAACACGAAGAUGGCCAAGAACAAACUAGUAGGGACUCCAAACCCUAGUACUCCUCUGCCCAACACUGUACCUCAGUUCAUUGCCAGAGAGCCAUAUGAGCUCACAGUGCCUGCACUUUACCCCAGUAGCCCUGAAGUGUGGGCCCCGUACCCUCUGUACCCGGCGGAGCUAGCGCCUGCUCUACCUCCUGCUUUCACCUACCCCGCCUCACUGCAUGCCCAGUGUUUCUCUCCUGAGGCAAAGCCCAACACACCUGUCUUUUGUCCACUUCUCCAGCAAAUUAGAUUUGUCUCUGGGAAUGUGUUUGUAACAUAUCAACCUACUGCAGACCAAAGGGAGCUCCCAUGUUGAAUUUGCUUGUUAGCUAUUUCUUCCCCCUUCUGCAAAAACUAUUUCUUGGUAACAUGUGAGAUUUCAAUAAAAAUUUUAAUUAGAGAAAAAACGAUCUCAAGUAGACUGCAGCGUUUUGUUUUCAUGCUGAUGCGAUUUUGGAGCUAAGAUGUUAUGUCAGAUUUGGGGAGAGCUGGGCCCAUGGCUCUCAGCAUACCUUAUAUGCAAGCAGGACUCAGCAUCCCAGGGAGACUUGGUCCAGAGCCGAGGCCUCACCGCUGCUCCUAUCUUCUUGGGCUCCUGAACCCUCGAGAGCUGCAUAUUGCAAGAUUCUCAUUCUAGCCACCAUGUGUCACAUCUGCCAGGAGAUCUCGCUUCAACAAGGGUGGAAGUGUUUUCCAGUCUGUCUGAUCCAGAAGGAGGACCCGGGAGAGACGGAAAUUGUCAUUGAAAAGGAGUUGCGUCGUAUUUCUACUUCCGCCCGGCUUCCACCUGUGGUCGGUCGUGUGCCUCCAUCUCUAAGCUGAAGAUGCUUAUGUGACAUCAAAUCCCAUUUUUUAAAGAAUUAUUGGAUAACGUAAUCGGACUGUCAGCUGCAGUACUGCCUUUUUACUUUUAGGGAUGAAAGAACAUCUGUUUCUAAGAGCAUCCGAUUUCUAAGAAGAUGGUUAACAUUGUAAGAAAUGAUCGUCCAACUUGCUUUCACCGUCAUUGGUAUCUGAAGUUUAUUAAAUAUAUUAUGUGAGUCGCUGUGAACAGCAGAGGAAGGUUUCAUUCACGACUUUUAGGAAAGUUAUGCUCCGAAGAGAACGCCCAGACGGUUCCUCUCACCUCAUAUUC